AUGUGAUUUUUGAUAAAUUAAAAUUAAAUAAAAUGGGAUUCUUAUGGUACUCACGUUUUCUUUCUCAUCAUCCUUAUAUUGUACUUAUAUUAAUUUUUGUACUAUCUUCAAUAUCUCUUAUUGUUCCUCUAAGUGUCAAGAGAUUUCCAGAUUUUUCUGAUCCACAACUAGGAUUUGAAGCUCGAGGAACCAUAUUAUCACAAAGAUUAAUUGCUUGGAGAAAUUUAAUUGAUUCUGCAAGUUCAAAAAAAUAUUUUAUUGACAAUCCAUUAGAGUUUUAUUAUUAUUUGCAAGAGAUUAAUUUGAAGGUAUUGGCGCAGAUGAUGCCUUUAUUUUUUGUAAAGUAUGGGAAUGUAACAAACGUAAAAAAUCUUUGAACAUGAACAAUGGAUUAACUUGUCUUGUACAUGAAACAAUGAAACAUGCUAUACCUUCAAUGUUUGUAACAACAUUAACAACGUCAAUAGCUUUCUUUGUAUCAAUUAUUAGCAAUGUUACUGCUGUAAAUUGUUUUAG